CACCACUCGAUAAUAAUUAAUGCGCUCAUGUGCGAUAUUGCACGUGCUGUAAAUGAAUAAAUGCACGAAAUACGAUUGCACGAACGUGUCUUCGACACGUACGAUCGGAUAAGAACGUUAUUAAAAGCGCGACGAGCCGUAGUUCGGAUUUUGUACAGUCUGAAACGAUCGAUCGAAGCCACGAAAAGAAGAUGCACCUGUAUCGGUCUGCAGCACAAAAGAUCGCGUUGAUUCUGGCAAUAUUGGCGAUUACGUGCGAGAUUUCAUGGGCCAGCAAACAAUGCAAGACGGUCGUGAUGGACGUACACAUGAAGAGGUGUAGACUGGGUGCUGAAGAUAGAGCCAAGAGAAGCCUGGAGAGAUUCGACCUGCAGAAGUACGAUGAGAAAUACGAAGCGAAAAGAGGGGAAGGGCCAGACUAUUCGAAGGUGAAUGACUCCCACGGCGUUCCGCAGAAAAGGCAAUUGUCACACGUCGUACAAGUCGGCGAUAUCGCCCUGCCGAUUGUGACGGAGGCUAUAAACGGCGCCGCCAAAGCCCGAGCGUACACCACAUCUGGGACAGGAUAUUACGACCCUAAGCCCAGUCCAGUAGGAUCUAUUUUAGGCUGGCCAGGAUAUUAUCUCACGGCGCCUUAUCCACUCGGCAGGGGUUUUGUUCCCUUCCUCACUCCGGACUUUAACGAUGCUAUCGAUCUCUAUCUGAACGACGAAGAACUGGACGAAUUGUACAAUGACAUCUACAAAAGGCUGUCGAGAGCUUCGAAAGAUGAAGCUUGGAAGGUUUUCUUAGAAACAGCAUCAAAAUGCUGCCAAAAUGCUGACAAGUGUCUUAAAGAAACGACAUAUGUACCUUGCCUAGGACAUCAGGUGUCUUAAAAAAACUAAAAGUGCGAUUAUUCUUAUAUUGGCGCUUAUUGAAAAAAAG